GCGCAAAUCAUUUCUGUCUUCAACUUCAACCCUUUUUCAAGUUGUGCUAAAGUGUUCAAGAAAGUCCUUCCGAAUUGUCAUUAAACUUUUCCAAAUCCUCUUUUUCAGUGUUCUCUUAAUGGUGCAUAGGUCAAUACUUUCCAACAAUUAUUAAUCUUUCUCCAAGAAAAUAAUAAUCCGCACCGAGGCCGACAUAAACAGAAAGAACUAACUCCCCCUCGGUGCUCGGUCGGUGUCAUAUGAAUAUAGCGAUGGUCGGUAAUCGGUCUUCGGUGAUGGUUUAUGGUGAAACAGGUUCAUCGUAAAUGUCAAAACUGAAUGCAAUUUUUAUUUUUACAAAGAGAGCAACUAAACAAAAUGCUACCAACUUCACUCUCAUCAUACGGACCAUCCAUAACUUUAUUUGCUGAAUGUGUCCGAAUUGUUUGGAUUGCGAAACGACGUUCACACAUAAAUUAAAAAAAAAGAAAAAUAAUUCUACAAAAAUAUAUAAUUACAAGUGAAAGUGUUUAGUUGCAUUCUUACAAUUUACAUCCAAUCAUUUAUUAAAUAUCCAAUCUUCUUUACGUUCAAAGUGGAGUGCAAAAGAACAAUCGCUGCUCCACGACGACGUAGUGAAAAGGAAAACCACCAACCACACUUCAUCGUGUGUCCAAGUCCAAGAGAACGAGAACAUUUUUGCUCGCAAAAUGGACGAAGCUGCUACAGCCGAUACGAACUGCAACAGCACCAGCAGCAGCAUGAGCUCUUCCUCGACACCAGCAGCAUCAGCAGCAGCGGCAUCGGAAGCGGCAGAAGCGGAAAUUGCAUCUGGAUCUGCAGCUUCGGUGGUAAUUGAGGAUGCUUCAUCUUCAACAACAUCCUCGUCUUCUGCAUCUUCAUCAUCGUCUUCAUCCUCAUCAUCAUCAUCGUCCUCGUCGUCUUCAUCCUUAUCUGGUGGUGAAACCGAAGCCGAUGGCAGUCCUACGAAGAAACAACCAAAAUUUGGCAAGCGAAUUCAGCUUCCGAUUCCAAUUAAACAAAUUGUUUCACUCGAUCAAUUGAGGCAGCGCUUCGCCGACACGGCAAUGCCACCCAAAGAGAUUGAAGUGAUCGUCAAUAGUCCCGACUCCAAGAGGAAAACUGUGAAAAAACUCAAACAUAGCCCAAAUGAGUUCUAUACAUUUUGCACAUGCCCCCAAUGCCUGGAAUAUCGGGAGGUGAUACUGCAACUGAUGGAUGACCAGAUGAAAACGCGCAGUACGUGGGAAAUACUCCAAGCAACGCUGAGGAAGGCCUAUCAGCCGAUACUUAAGAAUACCUUGGCACAGAGGAAGUAUGAAGAGUUUCUGGAGAGGGAUAAAUCUCCGUGGCGAACAACGGGCGACAUGAAUCAUGCCAAGGCUCAGCACCUGAACUUCAUAUGUGAUCUAUCGCUGACAGAAAAUAUGGUUUCAGUGCUUCUCAGUGCGCUACUUUUGGUGGAUGAUCCUCAUCAACUAUUUGAAUUAAUGAAUUUCCAAAUCGAAUGCGUGGUCAAAGCUUAUUGGGAAGGUUUUGCGGAAAUAGCAAAGAUCCAAGAUAAAAAAAUACCAGCCGAAGAUAUGUUAUCCUAUGUCCUAGAUGGAUACGAAGAACUCUGUUCAGUUUCGGAAAGCAUAUCAAGGUUUCUUUUCGCGUUUGAAAAUCAUCAUCUUAACAAAUUUUGCUUAACAUGGACAAUGUUAAACAAACGAAUGUACCAACAGUAUGUUUAUUUAAAUGUAACCGAUACUAUGUUGGCCUGUAUUAUUACUCUUAAAGAGGAUGAGUUAACUAAAAAACGUUCAACUCUUAUUAAAAAGUACAUUCAAUUUGAUGAUGAAAUGAUUCAAAUCGACAGAACUUGGAAAGAAACUUGGGUGGCUUUAAAUUUGUAUAAUCUAUCGGAGGAAGAACGAAACCGUAGGACGCGUUUAAAAACGAUACACAGCAUGUUUGAUGUUAUUCGAAACGAUGUCACGGGAACAUGCACCCAAUGCAUAGAUAUUUCCGAAUGGGCAACGAGUGAAAAUCGUCAUCUGGUUUGGCAAAGCAUGCUGGCGUUUAUUGCCAAAUCGAGUGUAGAGUCUUUUAGCGGUCAUAUAAACACACUGGUGUGCGAUGACAAAUGCAAAGAAUGUAACGAAAUGCUAGAAUAUCAUAUCGGAUCUUGCAAGUGUGUUACAUGUGCAAUUGCUGGAGGACCUCUACCGCCAAAGAGAUCACCGAAUUCAACAUGCGUCAAGUGUCUUACUCUUUCGCGUGCCGAGAAGGAUGGAACACUAUACGAGUCGAAAAUUCUGAAUGUCUGUGCCAGCGACGAUUUGUUUGCAUACAAGACGAAAGAUAAACGACGAACGAAUAGCGUAGAAGAUUUAAGUGAUGCCUCAUCGCUUAAGGACGAAGUCUUCAACGAGCCUGACGAAUUGUACGAGUACCACUUGUCUUGGGCGGUUUUCAAGCAUCUAAGAGAUCGAAAACCGUUUCAUUAUUCAAAGAUAGAGGAGAAGUACUUCUGUGUCAAUUGUAAAUUACCCUCGUGUCUGCUGGCCAGAAAAAUACUUAAUAAUGAAUUAGCGCUAGCAUUAUCCUGGCAUCUAAUUGAUCAUUAUCAACCACUCCUAAUGACACACGAAGAUCUAAAUAUUAUGUUAAAAAAUAUCAUGGUAUACAAUCAAAAAGUGGUUACAUCGAAAGUUGGCCUCGAUCCGAAACUUGACGAUGAAGUUUUUAAAAUCUAUUGGUCUUUUGCUGUUUCGGUUAUUGCGUGCUAUUUUAUAGACUACGAUGAUGAUAGUUAUUUAAAUUUAGAUUAUUUUGAGUUAGCAAAUAAUGAUAUACAAUUGCUUACGUCACGAAUUAAGGGUGCAGAACAGGAUGGGAAGUUUUUUCAGUUUCUUGAUAAGAUUUCUGUAUUGGCAUUAGCUGAAAUGGACUUGAAAGACAGGAGCAAUAGAACUUUUGAUUCGUCAUCGGAAGCAUCAAGUGUGACUGAUAGUCCUGAUAGAAUAAAACACAACGUAGCACAAUACUUAAGAAGAGACACUAGCAAAUUAACCCAUAACACCGAAGAAGUUCGAACUCCUGAAUCAGAACCACCGGAACCUGUUACUCCAACAGAAUCUCUUCCCCCUAAAAAAUGUGGGAAAGAUAAAACGAAAAAAUGUUGUUUUGAUCACGCUGAUCUUUCGGAUCAUUGCAAGGAAAACCAUUCGAGCAAGAAACGCAUCAAAAAGGAAUGCAAUCAUGCCCGUAUGAAUGAAACUCGAGAUAGAUUACGCAAGAAACUCUCUCAAUUAGUAAAUGCACGCAAAAAUGUAAAAGCACCAAUUUUAAGGCCACCUCAUCAACAGCCGCAUUGCUCAAAGACACUUACUCCACCUGAGCUGGAUGAACCCAGUUUAGCAGACUCCUCGAAGAUCGACGAAGACGAUGAUAGCUUGGAAUGCCUGAGUACUUUGUGCAAACGAAUUACCCACCAACCCCAUAAACAAUUACCACAAACAGUAACAAAAAAGGUGCCCCCUACACCUCAGGUUCAAUCAGAACUAGCACAAGCUCAACAAUUACCAGUUGAUGCACAGGUGGCACCGCCGCCUCCACCACCACUGGCAGCAGUAGCUGCUGCCAAAAAACGAUCAAACUCCAAUCAAGGCAUAAGUCCAUCGGCAUCGGGAAGGCAACGUGCUAAUGAAAUCUUUGCCCUGCUCGAAAAUCUCCCAGAGGUUAGUGUUAAGAAAUGGGUUAAUGAUACUCUGAGUUACAUUGAAGGUUCCAAUGAAACAAAAGGACCAGUCAAUGAAAAGAAGGCGGCCAAAAAAGCAAAACAAAAACAACGCCGAGAGGAAAUGAAACGUAUCGCCGAGCUGCAGGACCUGCGUGCUCAAUUCCAUAACAUUUAUCUGAGGGAGUUCACGUCCAAAAACGAACUGCGUUUUAUGAAAGCCUGCAAGAAAAAAGACAAGAAGAAAAUCUCCGAAUACGAAGCGAAUGUCAAGAAAUUGAACAGAGCAAAAGCAAAUGUAGAAACUAAUAUCCUAGAGUUGAUAGCCACAGUAAAGCAAACCAAUUCCGAGUUUAAAUUUUCCUAUCUGCCAACCAAAGAGCAACAAAUCGAGAAACUCCAGAUGAUCGCAAAGGAAAUUAUAACUGCCAAUAAUUCGCCCCAACCAAAACCAUUGAAUGUGCCGCCAACAGCUUCCACCACCUCGUCGGGAACGGGAACAUUGCCGCAUGCAGCAGCACCACCGCCAGCCGCCACCGUUCUAUCACAGCAGGAGAAUAAUCUGAAUGGGGGAGCCUUCUACAGCAUCCCCUAUGCGAAUGCAAACAAUUUUCCGCCCUUCGUUAUGCCGAAUCUGGUUGCCUCUCAAAAUGUACAAAUGUGCUAUGCCCCUAAUCAGCCAACGGAUAUGUCCGAUCCCUCCAAGCGGAUCGUCACUAUACGGCGAGUAAACUUGCCCAAUGUACCCGAACCACAGGUCACGGUGACAGCCAAAGGUUCCUCUCCCGACAAGGACAAGCUGCUGUACACUUUUGUCAAUGGACAAAUUGUUCAAACAAGUCAACAGCAGCAACAACAACAACAGCAGCCGCACCAGCAACAGCAGCAGCAGCAAUCGGCAGCUCCCCGAAAGGCUCCAACGCCUCCUGUUGUGGCGAAUGAAAAAACCAAGACUCAACUGAAGAAGGAGAGAAAACGUGCGAAAAGACAAGCUGAGCUGGAAAAAGAACAAGCUCGACUGGCUCGCGAAGAAGAGCUGCGGCGUGAGGAGGAAAUGAAGCGCGAAGAAGAACUCAAGCGACAGGAGGAGGAACUAAAGCGUCUCGAGGAGGAAUUGAAGAAAACUUCAUUAUCCUCGUCGAAGGCGAGCUCGAAGAAAGCAAACAAAAAGAAGCAAGCCAAAGUGGAAAAAACUUCCACAAACAACAAAUCUAAGAAGGUUACACCAGCUCCUUCGGUAACCAGCAAUAGUCAAGCCACUACUCGUGAGAACUCUGUUUGCAGCCAGAAGGUGAAGCCCAAACCAAUUGUUCAACUUCGCGAGAAACCUCCGGAAGUGCCGGAGGUGAAUUCUUCAGUGGAGCGAAAAGACAAGGAGAAGCGUCAGAAGUUCAUUGACAAUGGCCAAUUUGAUAAUAAUCAAUUCAAGAUGUUGCAUUUGGACGAUUUCGUUUCGUCCGAUUCGGCAGAUUCAGAUGCGGAAGUGGAGGAGGAGAUUGAAGUUAAAAAAGAACCGAUUCCAGUCCCACCAAAAGCAAAAACUUCUGAACCAGUAGCCACUGCCAUUGCAUCUAACAUUCCAAAAAAACCCGCAGAACCAAAGGCAAAGUCUGUUAAGCAAAAUCAGCAAGUUCAACGAACUGGGUCAGUGGAAAAGCCUUCCAAAGAUCAGAAACAACUGUCCUCUUCAUCUACAUCUAAUUCAAAUUUGAAUCCGAGUUCAAGGCGAGGAGAGAAUAGGGAUAGAAACAAUCGCAUGACAAAGUCAGUUCCAGCCACUUCAUCUACACAAGAACGCAGCAACACUAACAACAACGAAAGGAACCGCAACUCGAAGCCCAACAAUGCCCCAUCAGCAGCAACUACAAAUCGAAGACUGUCUACUCAAUCACAACCACAAUAUCUUUCAACUCCUGCACCAUCAGCCACAACUCAACAAGGCCAACAACAGCAGCAACAAAAGCCAUCACACCGCGAACAAAUGUCGUCAGAAAAGCCCAAACGAUCUCGAAAGUCGAAAAACAAAUCUCAAUCGGGUAACAACUAUGGCCCAGCUACUUCCAGCACUUCGUCAGCGGCUGCUCAUGGCCAGCCUGGUUCCAAAUCAAGACGAAAUCAAUCUGUGAUACAUUCUAGUGGUGGUGGCAAGAUGAUGGAACCUGGCAAUUCGCUUAACCAAGCCAUGCAGAAUCUUCGUUUAACCUCGAAUAACUAUCCCCAGUUACCACCACAAGAUCAACAACAACUUUCCCAUCAUGACAGACACCAUCAUUUGUUCUCUCAGCAACUUGCCUCGAAUGUCAGCAUUAUGGAUCAAUUGAAUCGCGGUGUUCAGGUGGAGAAUCUAUCUCUGCCUCCAGGUAUAACCCUGACGAAGGUUGAUCCGAGCAAGAGUGAACAGCUACGUGCCAAAUCUGAGUCGAUUAAGAGACUUUCAAAGCCCCUUUCCUCUCAGGCUCCAGGAUCCAAUUUGCAUGCAUCACAGCCUACAAUUAUCACGCCUGGAUUCUAUCCGCACAUGUCGAGCUUCGGGCCCUCAGAUCAAAGUGGGGUUAUUAUGGUAGAAGCAAUGGGAGCCUCCACAAAACCACAGCAGCACCAUCAACAACAACAACAGCAGCAGCAACAGCACAUGCCACCCAAUGAUGCUUCAAAGGUGUCUAAGAAUCGAAAGCGACGGAACAAGAAAAAAUCCUCCGACACAUUCAAAGCGUCAGCAACUGGACAAAGUAGAGCCGAUGCUUCAUCAACAUCAUCAUCGGGCCAGCCGAAAAUGGUAACAUUAAGAAAUCCUAUGUUUGGCAAUAUGAUGCCACAGAGUAGUCCAUCGGUAUUGCCCAUUCCCAGCCGUGUACCAAUCGCCCCACUGCCCAUGGAUCAGCCGGCUUCCAUAAUCAAGAAUGAGAAUGGAAUGUUCACAAUCCGGAAUCCGGCGUUGCAGGCUGCUGUUGCCAAUGGCAUGCCAGUUUCCAAUUACCGACAGUUUGCAGGAAACUAUUACACACCGCCGCAGGAGAAUAUCGCUCCCAGCAGCAGCAGUUUGGGCAAUCCUAACCUGGCCAGUUCGUUCUCGUAUUUCUCAAAUAACACCAGCAACACCAGCGCCAGUGGCAAUGUCCGCCCCAACAGUCAGACAAUUCCUGACGAUCCAUUUGCCAUCAAUAGCAAUGGCUAUGGAUGUGACCUCAACAAUGAUGGUUCGUUGAGAGCCAAUCCAAGUGGUGGCAAGUGUAUCUCGGCAAUUGGAAGCGAAAUUAAGACAGCUCAGCAAUUGAAGCAACGAUCAAAGGAUUCACAAUGGCAGAAUUAUACUGCAGCAGCUCAAGACAGCACGCCAGCUGUUCCAAGUCAGGAUAAUGCAUGUGGAUACAUUGGAUCAUCACUGCAAUCCAACUAUUACAACGGCUAUGAUGUAUUCUCGUCGAGUUCGGGGGGAAGUCAGCAGCUAUCCAGCAGUGGCAGUUUGUUUGAAAAUAGUGACUGUCCAUUGCAUCACAAUUGCGAAGACUCUCCGCCUCCAACAAUAACUGGAUUCAAUCAUUAUCUGGAUGGAAUUCCCAAUACCGGGAUCAUCCGAUACGACGAUGCUUCGUUCUUAAAGACCUUAAUGCCGGGACAGAAUCUAAACAACGAAGUGUCUAUUCAUAAUGUGAAUGAUUCAAAUUUCGCACGAAAUGCAACAUCACCAGUGGCUCAUCGUGUUGAGAUAACUCCAGUUUAUGGUGGCAAUCGUUCGUCGGCAAAUCUCUUCAACAGCAGCUGUUCCAAUGCCAGUCAAUACUCGCCCACAAAGGGUUUUGUGCAACCAGCCCAUUUGGGAGCGGCCGAAUUCACAGAAAAUCUUUUCACGCCAAACGCGUUGCUUAAUCUAAACGACUUGGAUUCAGGUGAUCGCGAUGUGGAGUCCUUCAAACGCUUCAGUUAUGAUUUCGAGCCACCGAAAGAGAAACAAAAGGUCAACAUCAACAUCAACGAUUUGUUCAUGAAGGCCAGCCGGAGUGGCAAUAGCUCACGUUCAUCCCCAUACCUGGAUGAUCCAACCCUGGCGUUGGAUGGUUUUGUGCAGAAUUUGGCAGCCCUUAAACUUACCGAGGAGCAGUUACCAUCUGUUAAUGGCAACUUGAAUGCUGGCACCAGCCCCAAUGGUUGGUGGUAAGUGGUCUACCAUCAUCUUCUCUGCUACUUGACAAACCCUCACUCACCCUUUCGUGGAUUAACUAUAUUAUUGGAUACGACGAGACUUAACUGGCGCUCCAAACUACUAUUAUUGAUUCAGUACAUAUAAAAUAUUACUUGUAAAUUCUACAUCGAUCUAAAUGAACAAGAGUUGACAAACAUUGAUGAUGAGGAACGACCGACGCACGUGACGCUUGAAUGAAGGGACGAUGAUAUAAUAUUUUCUCGGACUUUGAUUUUGGAGCAGUUUACUUCGUUAAAAGUAUUUAUAAAAAAAGAUUCGUUUCUUUUUUUCUAUAAACAAAAUAAACAAACAAACAUUAAAAUAAUACAAACAAAACAAAAAAGCGAAAAAACAUACAUGUUUCUUUUUGCAAAUAUUAAUAAAUGUGAUGUAAAGUUUUAAGAGCAA